GAGGAUGAGCCUGUGCAAGUUAGUCUGAGGUUGGCUGGAGGUGCAAACAGCAGCACUAGGUCCAGUGAUACCAACCUCAGCAUUCCCAGUUCCUCCAGCUGCAGCGUUUGGACUAGCCGCCUCCUUUCAAGGUGCCUGCCCCUGAAGAGAAACACAGUAUUGCUGCAGAAAUUGUGCUCUUAGAUUUUGCACUGGAGCUCUUACUGACUUUCUUGUAGGAUCAGUGUUGAUGUUUUUCUUCUAUUUCUGUGAUCCUUUCCAGAGCAACUGGUUGUUAUCCUAGAGAUCAGAAGGUGAACAACAAAGACUCCCAAGUCUGAAAUGAGCAAAUAUGACAGCAUUUGUGAGUGACUAUUAAUCAAAAGGACUUCUUAAAGAAGACAGACAAGAUGCCUUUUCAGGGGUUUAAUUCACUGAGAGAGAGAUUUUUCAAACCAGGGAAAGAAGAGGUGAAGAACACUGUUAGCAACUCUCUGGGGAAUUUGCAAAGGAAGCUUGAUGGCACCAAUGCAGAGGAAGACCACAUUGAGCUAACUGAAGAAGGAAGGCCCGUGCAAGCAACCACUCACAAAUCUCCCCUGCUUGACUGCUACUGCUGUGGACUGCCCAAGCGCUAUAUCAUCGCCAUAAUGAGUGGCCUGGGCUUCUGUAUUUCUUUUGGAAUUAGGUGUAAUUUGGGUGUUGCCAUAGUGGAAAUGGUUAACAACAAUACAGUUUAUAUUGAUGGAAAACCAGAGCUACAGAAAGCUCAAUUCAACUGGGAUCCGGAGACAGUAGGACUUAUACAUGGCUCAUUUUUCUGGGGUUAUAUUGUAACACAGAUUCCAGGAGGAUUCAUCUCAAACAAAUUAGCUGCUAACCGGGUAUUUGGAGCAGCUAUUUUCCUAACAUCUACACUGAAUAUGUUCAUCCCUUCUGCAGCAAGAGUUCAUUAUGGCUGUGUUAUGUUUGUAAGAAUUCUACAAGGUCUUGUCGAGGGUGUGACCUACCCAGCAUGCCAUGGGAUGUGGAGUAAAUGGGCCCCUCCACUGGAGAGAAGCAGGCUUGCGACCACAUCAUUUUGUGGUUCUUAUGCAGGUGCAGUGGUGGCCAUGCCAUUGGCAGGGGUAUUGGUACAGUAUAUAGGAUGGUCAUCAGUCUUUUAUAUUUAUGGAAUGUUUGGGAUUGUUUGGUACAUGUUCUGGCUCUUGCAUGCCUAUGAAAGUCCUGCAGCACAUCCAACUAUAACUAAUGAAGAAAGGACAUACAUAGAAACAAGUAUAGGUGAAGGAGCUGGCUUAGUUAAUGCAAGUAGAUUUAGUACUCCCUGGAAAAAGUUUUUCACUUCAAUGCCAGUUUAUGCAAUCAUUGUGGCAAACUUUUGUAGAAGCUGGACCUUCUAUUUGCUGCUUAUAAGUCAGCCUGCUUACUUUGAAGAGGUCUUUGGAUUUGCAAUAAGUAAGGUUGGCCUUUUGUCUGCGGUUCCUCAUAUGGUCAUGACAAUUAUUGUACCCAUUGGAGGGCAGCUAGCUGACUUGUUACGAAGUAGGAAGAUUUUAACCACUACCACUGUAAGAAAAGUCAUGAAUUGUGGAGGUUUUGGCAUGGAAGCAACUUUGCUUUUGGUAGUUGGUUUCUCUCAUACAAAAGGUGUGGCUAUCUCCUUUUUGGUGCUGGCAGUAGGAUUUAGCGGCUUUGCUAUUUCAGGGUUUAAUGUCAACCAUUUAGAUAUUGCUCCCCGAUAUGCCAGCAUUCUCAUGGGGAUCUCCAAUGGAGUGGGGACACUGUCAGGAAUGGUGUGUCCACUCAUUGUUGGUGCGAUGACUAAACACAAGACUCGUGAAGAAUGGCAAAAUGUCUUCAUUAUAGCGGCCCUCGUGCACUAUAGUGGAGUGAUUUUUUACGCUAUUUUUGCUUCUGGAGAAAAGCAAGAAUGGGCUGACCCUGAAAACCUCAGUGAAGAUAAAUGUGGCAUCAUCGAUCAAGAUGAAUUGGCUGAAGAAACGGAAUUGAACAGUGAUACUUUUGUUAAUCAAAAGAAAACAUAUGGCGCUACUAGUCAGAACAGUGAAAUAGCAAGAAAGGAAUGGGGAAAGCAGAAGCAGGUAACACAGGACAUAGAAGAACAGACUUCCUAUCAUUAUGAAAAUGGAAAUUUUCAAGAUCUGUCAUAAUACCUAAAAAAUAUAUGGUUUGUGUGGCAAGUGCCCCAGCCCCUCCUGUGCAACCACCCCCAAACCAGGCAGUAUCCAUAUUUAUUUUCUUAUUCAUUCAUGGAAAAUCUUGCCAAAUGGCUAGGUGUAAUAUGUAGUAAUUUUCUCCUUGUUGUGUAGUAAAGGGCUAAUAAAAGGGAGAUAUGGCAAAUGUUGUUCUGGCUCUUGCAACCAGACCCAUACUGGAGGACCCCCUGUUAAUGCAGACCCUAUUAGCUUCAGCUGAGUUCUACACUGGUGCAGGUGUCUUGUUGUGGGAGUAGGCAAUUCAAAUUCAUAUCAUUUGAAUAUGAAAAAGGACAAAGCUAUGGUAGAUUUGGGGGUUCAUGGUGAUUGAAUACAGUUCUUGCUGCUAUCAUGUGUGACCACAAGGAAACUCAUUGACCUGAAGUCUGGCCAUGGACAUCCUUGAAGAACAUUCUCAUAAAUGGAUUCUGUACCAUGACUCUUUAGGGAUCUUGAUGCUGUAUGUGAUGUGGCUGAAUCAAUUAAUACAUGGUCAAACUUUAGGUUCCUGCUGAGCAAUCAAAGCUGAAGGAAAAGCAAACUCAUGACAUUUUAAAAAUGUUGUUACAUAUAGUCAUUCAACAGUGGAAAGAGGAAUAUGUAACCAAGGUCACUGAAGCUGUUAUUUCAGCGGUGCUUUGUUCAUGGAGACUGACUGCCUGUUCUUUUAUGUCGGAUGUACUCAGUUUGGAUAAGGCAAUACAAUAGGUACUACUGAGGUUUUUCCCUCCACAGAUUUUGUGUUGACAUGAAGAAAAUACUUUUGAAACAAAAAUCAUCUUCGCAUUCAUCAUUAGUGACGUAAUAUUAUUUCCACUUAUGAAAGAAAAUUGUAGUCCUGUCAGGAUAAGCUUUUCACUCAGUACAUUAUUGUAAAGUGCUUUAAAUAUAUUUUUCUAGGAUUAAAUUUGGAUAGACUUAUAGAUCUCCCCCUAACUGCACUUUGUUACAUGGAUGAAAUGACUUACAUUAGUGAAGUCUGCAGUUCUGGGUCUAAACCUCUUCUAUGUACUGCUGUUGUCUCUCCAUCACUGUGCAUGAGGUACAGUACAUAUUAGGUGUAAAGGGGUUUCUAUUUAAAGAAAUGCCCCAUUAUCAGAUAUUCUAACAAUAUCUUUCUGACAUCAGUACGUUUGAUAUUAUAAAAUGGUUUUAGACGUUUUCUACCAUUGUUGGACUCUACCAGGUUACAAUGGAGCAUGCUAUAUCAUUUAAAAUCAUUAGCUGUACUCAAAGGCUCAUUGUGGCAAUAAUAUUGUUUCCUGAGAAAAGAAUUUCAGUAAAAUAUGGUUUCAUUUGUUUAGGAUUAAUGUCUCAGUAAAAUCAAA